AUGUCCUCUGCAGGGCUAGAGAUCUUGGCCAUGGGCCUAUGCAUUUUUGGCUGGCUGGGGAGCAUUAUGUCUUGCGCCCUGCCCAUGUGGAAGGUCACAGCUUUCAUUGGGAACAACAUUGUUGUGGCGCAAAUCAUCUGGGAGGGACUUUGGAUGAACUGUAUUGUGCAGAGCACCGGUCAGAUGCAGUGCAAGAUCUAUGACUCCAUGUUGGCCCUGCCUCAGGAUCUCCAAGCGGCCCGGGCCCUCAUGGUCAUUGCUGUGCUUCUGGCCAUCUGGGCCCUGUUGGUGGGCAUUGUGGGGGCCAAGUGCACUAACUGCGUAGACGACGAAGGUGCCAAGGCCCGCAUCACCAUCACCUCCGGCUCGCUCUUCAUUGUCUCAGGGCUCCUCACCCUCAUCCCCGUGUGCUGGUCGGCCAACACUAUUAUCCGCGACUUCUAUAACCCGCUGGUGGUCGAAGCCCUCAAGAGGGAGCUGGGAGCUGCUCUCUAUGUCGGCUGGGCGGCUUCUGCGCUGCUUCUCCUUGGGGGCUCACUGCUGUGCUGCUCCUGCCCACCACGGGAGGACCGCUACCCACCGCCGCGUAUCGGGUAUUCUGCCCCGGCCAGAUCCACUGCACCCCCAGGCAGCGGGAUUGACAAGCGGGACUACGUAUGA